AUGGACAAUAAGGCAUUGGAACCGGACUCUGUGAGUGUCCCCAUGGAGGAGGCCAUCAUCUGCAAUGGAAGCAGCCAGCCUCAGCAGGAUGCAUCCCUGUUGUCUCACCUAAAGAAGGUUGAAAACCAGAUCACUGAAGCUCAACGUUUCUCUCACCUGCCUAAACGCACGGCCGUGGAUCUGGAGUUCAUGGACCUUUCCUACACCAUCCAGGAGGGACCAUGCUGGAGGAGGAGAGGUUUCAAAGCUUUACUGAAGUGUCUGUCUGGAAGGUUCUGCAGUCGGGAGCUGAUAGGGAUCAUGGGACCUUCCGGGGCUGGUAAAUCCACGCUAAUGAACAUCCUGGCUGGAUACAGGGAAACAGGGAUGAAGGGUCAGGUCCUGGUAAACGGGAAACCCAGGGACCUGAGGACAUUCAGGAAAAUGUCCUGCUACAUCAUGCAGGAAGACAUGCUGCUGCCUCACCUCACUGCGCGAGAGGCCAUGAUGGUUUCAGCAAACUUAAAGCUAGAUGAAAGUAUCGAUGUGAAGAAAGAACUGGUGAAUGAAAUUCUGACUGCUUUAGGACUCUUGGACUGUGCUCACACUCGUACCAGCUCUCUGUCAGGGGGUCAGUGUAAGCGUCUGGCCAUCGCCCUUGAACUGGUCAACAAUCCUCCAGUUAUGUUUUUCGAUGAGCCAACCAGUGGUUUGGACAGCGCAUCGUGUUACCAGGUGGUCUCACUCAUGCAGUCUCUGGCUCUGGGGGGACGGACCAUCAUCUGCACCAUCCACCAACCCAGUGCAAAACUGUUCGAGAUGUUUGACAAGCUUUACAUCCUCAGUCAGGGUCAGUGCAUCUACAAAGGCACCGUUCCGUACCUCAUCCCCUACCUGAAGACCCUGGGCCUUUAUUGUCCUACCUACCACAACCCUGCGGACUUCAUUAUUGAAGUAGCAUCAGGGGAAUAUGGAGACUUGAACCCGGUACUGUUUGAGGCUGUCCAAGGAGGAAUGUGUGCAUUGGAGGAGAAGAAGAGCCACAGUGAUACUAACGGCCCAUCAGUCUGUACAACAAAGUACCCCAUGGAUGCUGGACACGUAGAGAGCCAUACUUUUGCAACAAGCACACUCACACAGUUCUGCAUCCUCUUCAAGAGAACCUUUAUCACUAUAUGUCGAGACCAGGUUUUGACCCACCUCAGACUGAUCUCCCACAUCGCCAUUGGUGUGUUGAUAGGUUUGCUCUACCUGAACAUUGGCAAUGAUGCCAGCAAAGUCUUUAACAACACCGGCUUCCUCUUCUUCUCCAUGCUUUUCCUCAUGUUUGGAGCACUCAUGCCAACUGUGCUAACCUUUCCUCUGGAGAUGUCUGUGUUCCUGCGAGAGCAUCUGAACUACUGGUACAGCCUGAAAGCUUACUACCUGGCCAAGACCAUGGCUGACAUCCCGUUCCAGGUGAUCUGCCCCAUCAUGUACUGCAGCAUUGUGUACUGGAUGACAGAGCAGCCUCCUGAAGUCAGCCGAUACCUUCUCUUUAUCGCUCUCUCUAUCUGCACUGCUCUGGUGGCCCAGUCCUUAGGCCUGCUGGUUGGAGCUGCCUCGUCCUCGCUACAGGUAGCUACAUUUGUUGGACCCGUGACAGCCAUACCAGUGCUGCUGUUCUCUGGGUUCUUUGUGAACUUUGAUACUAUCCCAAAGUAUCUGCAGUGGAGCUCCUAUGUGUCCUAUGUCAGGUAUGGCUUUGAAGGCGUGAUUCUGUCCAUCUACGGAAUGAAUCGCUCAGAGCUGGAGUGUCCAGGGAAGGUUUGCAAGUUCCAACAGCCUGAGGAGGUUCUGCAACUUCUGGAUGUGGAGGAUGCAAAGCUCUACAUGGAUUUCAUCGUCCUGGGGAUCUUCUUUGUCAUUUUUCGGCUGGCCACCUACCUUGUCCUCCGCUACAAGAUCAAGUCUGAGAGAUAG